UUGUAUAGGCGCACCGUACUUUUGGAGAUGCCAGUGGCGUGGUGCUGAAAAAGGCUUGAGGAGAAUACCCUACAAAAGGGGAAGAAACGCACACUCCAGGAAUCACGGACACACACCAAGAACCCAAGCCUGGCUUUUAACAGAAACGUUGCAGUGUGGGACUAUAAGAAAUGAAAACUGAGGCUGGUGUUGUCUGACCUCGCCAAAGCCGCUGCUUUAUAGGAGAAACGAAUUGGACUUGAUCCGGCAAUGUGGUGUUUUGUUGGGGCUAUCAUUGCAGCAGUCUGUGCAUAGGAUGCAUCCUCCCUUGGCUUUUGAUGCUGUGCAGAUCCACCCUCCUCUCCUCAGAGUGAUGAACUAAUAGGCAAUGAUUUUCUCCUCGGAAAUCCACCGUGUUUUACUGUUUUCACGUUAGUUGUGUUUGUUUACUGGCGGCCCGUCUCCUCCCGGUGCGACACAUGCAAUUUAUAGAGUAUAUUUUCUAUUAUCGACUAGUUGAGGAGGCAUCCUUUAUACGCCAGAAGAAGAAAACACACCAUUAUUACGAAGUCUGACAGAUACUGAAUAUUUUGCCACGUGAAUGAAAACGCAUAGGACUUGGAUAUACCUAUUUUUCUAUGGUACAAUUGGUAGCCUUGUCCUGGAGAACUGAUCCAAUUGUGUUAUUAUGCAACCGCAAGGAUCUCAUCUAUAUCUGGGUGUUUAAGCCACUGGAUUGCUCUUCGCCCAAAUCAAUGUGGUUUCUUUGGAACAUUUUCAGCAAAGGAACGCAUAUGCUGCAGUGUCUUUGUGGCAAGAGUCUUAAGAAAAACAAGAAUCCAAGUGAUCCCCAGCUCAAGGGUAUAGUGACCAGGUUAUAUUGCAGGCAGGGAUACUACUUGCAAAUGAACCCCGAUGGCUCUCUUGAUGGGACCAAGGAUGACAGCAGUAAUUCCUCUUUGUUCAACCUUAUUCCUGUGGGCCUCAGAGUUGUCGCCAUUCAGUCCGUGAAGACAGGGUUAUACAUCGCCAUGAACGGGGAGGGCCAUCUCUACACAUCAGAACUCUUUACAGCGGAGUGCAAGUUCAAAGAGUCGGUGUUUGAGAACUACUAUGUGAUCUACUCGUCCAUGUUGUACAGACAACAGGAGUCGGGGAGAGCUUGGUUCCUAGGGCUCAACAAAGACGGCCAAGCCAUGAAGGGGAACCGAGUGAAAAAAACAAAACCAGCUGCUCACUUCCUGCCCAAGCCAUUAGAAGUUGCCAUGUACAGAGAGCCAUCGUUGCAUGAUGUUGGAGAGACAGUGCCCAAGGCAGCAGUACCUCCCAGUAAAAGCACAAGUGAGCCGGCAGUGAUGAACGGAGGUAAACCUGUAAGCAAGCCCGACAAGCCCGCCACAUAGCCACACCUGACCAGUCUCCAGUGUGUGUGUGUGGGGCGGGGGAGAAACUUGACAGAGGCAGGGCUUUUUUUCCCCGACUAGACUCCAGACCCUCUUUUUUCUGUGGAUCAGAUCCAGGCAAAACCUCCCUUCCCUUCUUCUCUCGCUCCUCCUUCCUCUUUUCUCCGCCUCACCCUCCCUUUCUCCGGCUGUCUCGACAUGGGCGCAUGGAUUCUGAGGCGUCCGUCCAGCACAGGAGGGAAGAGGACCUCUGCUCAUGGAAUGCCUUUUGAUUCCUCUGAAACUGUGAGAAUUCAUGUGAAUAACGUGUGUUUCACGACCACGCUCGUGGUACUUUGCUUGCUGACGGUUCAUCCAAGAAACCCUCCCCCCCUCUCUAUAUGCCCUGUUGCAGCAGAGUCUGUGUACCUUCAGAUCUAUUUUCUAUACCACAGUUCACCAGCUAUGUUCUGGGAUAGAGACUGUAUAGAUAGAGUAAAUAUUUGGACUGUCGUCCUCUAUUUUUUACGAGUAUGUUCCCCUCUCCCUCUCUUUCUAUCUAGUCACACACUUUUCUCUUUGUCAAGUAACCUAGAAAAGAUAAAAACAUUUUGCAAGGGAGUUGUGUGAUUUUCUAAGAAACACAUUCACACAGAUACGGCAUAAAAACAAACAUAUAUACAAACGAAAAAAAUCCAAAUUUUCGUCUCACCUACAACACACACUCACACUUAGACACACACACAAAGUUUGUGGGGGGAAAAAAUCUGAGAUGUUGCUUUUUACGGCUGAUAAAAACAAACUGGAGGCUGGCAGAUAGCUCCUGCAAUCAUAGUUGAUGAAGUGCUAAUUACCGCCACUGCAAUCAAUGCAAGGAGCUCCCUACACACAUACAAACACACACACACAUUUAUAAACAGAUGUGUGUGUGGGUGGGAGAGCGCUGUAAGGAAUGGUGUAUACAUAUCACUAUCUAAGUCCCACCAGCGGUUCAGUCCGCCUUCUCUGGUAAAUAGAAAACCUGAAGUCUAUUUUUCUUUAAUCUUAUUUCAGAGCGUGGGCUCUAGGAAUAUCUCUAGGCCUUGUAGGCCUCUGUCCCUCACUCACUGACUUCUUUGGACUACGAGGCAAGGCUUGUGGCUUUGACUCAGAUGGUCUAUAACUGCAGCACUGGCAGCCAUCUUAAGGCAGCGUCUACUUAAAGCCAGAAAACAACAUGGCUGAAAACCAGUAGGCGACAUUUAUACUGGCUGCAUCCCUAUUUGGUUCAGCAAACUAAAGCAUGGGCAAGGUCAAUAUUGUGUUCUCUCUUCUUGCAGCAGUUAUACAAGAGAUGGCUUAUAUUGUAACAUUUUCACUGUAUAAAACUUAGGGAAAAUGACUAUUAUAAAUCAUAACUUUUUAAAUGACUAGAUAUUGUUAUUAUUAUGAUUAUUAUGAUUAUUAUUAUUAUGAGAGGAUUUGUCUCCUAGCUCAGCAUGCAGAGUCCAGUACUGAUCAUCUUGGCCUAUCACGUGCCUGUUUGGACCUUGAUUCCCGGCAUGCAAAAACAGGUUCCCAGUCCCCACUGGGCCAAAGGUGCCUCACCCACCCGACACAUCCAUGUAGAGGACACGUAGCAUUCUCCAUUAAAAAGAAACCACACUCAGAUGUAUCCAUUCUGAAAUGACCAAAGUCUUUUUUCAUCCCGAGACGAACUGAUUCUUUACAAAAAAGAGAACAAAUUCAAUUCAUCAAAGCUUUCACUGUGAUAGCAUUUCUUGUGUGCGGAGGAAUCAAACCCUGCUCAGACCCCCCAAAGGUCUUCGACUGAUGUCAUUUUAGAGAAAUACGUAUACCUUGAAUUAAUCACAUGCAUGUAUUUUCUAUAAGGAACAAGGUAUGGGUAUGGUUCUUCACUCUGUGUAAGCUGAAGACAUCUCGGUGUGGGAGUUUGAAUGGGCAUGUUGUAGGCUACAGCACACUCAGCUGAUCUGAAGGUAACCCACUGCACUUUCUGUUCUUUCUGCAUUUUCAUCACGACUGUUAGCAGUUUAUCAAAUAUCUUUAUCUGAUCGAUCGAUUUCUAACGUUUGUCUUGCUUUGAUGAAUUUUAUCCUGAUAGUUUUGUUGGAUAAGGUUUAGAAUAUUAAGUAGUUUGUUGAUGCCGUGUGCUGCUAAAAACUGCAAAUAUAUUAAGAACUUGAUUUGGUAAAUAUAAUUUUCUGAGUUUACUGGGAUUACACAUGAUCAUUUCUUAUUACAGCGCAUCAAAGCACAUUAGUUGGAAUUCAAUAUUUGUCUGUACAAAGCUGUUAAUAAGAAAAAUAGCAUACUACACACACACACAAACACACACACAAACGCACACACACACGCACAUACAUACACACACACACACACACACACACACACACACACACAGGAGCUGGAAACCACUGUUGUUGUAUUUGAGGCUGAUGUUCUGUCCUCAUUACAGCCAAUCAUCCUCCACUCUUACAAACUCUACAUGCUGGGCUGGCUGCUGCUCCAGCCCUGCAGUCCAGAGAACUGGCUCCUCCAAGGCUGACUUUAUUUUUGUAAAUGACUGGUGUGUAAAUGUACAUCUCUGUUUGGAUCUCUGUAGCCACCAUUUUGUUAGGGUUUGUCCUUAUUUUCUCUCGUAUACGGGUCGUGCGUGAUGUCGUCUCCUGAUACCGAUCACGUUUUGCUUUGUCCCCCUCUUCCCCCCCCUCCUCCUCCUCCCUCUCUUCAGAUGUGUUACAAGAAUAUUCUAGCAAACCUAGUUUCUUUGUCGCUUCUGUUUUUAAAACCCUCUUAUUUUGUACGUUGUCCCAUCUGUUGCAUGGGGAGAGGAUGGCAUCGAUGAACUGCAUGUAGUAGGCUAUGUCUAUCAAGAACUGUUGGUAUGUACCGCUAAUUUUACAUACAUAUAUGCAACGAGUUUGUCUACACUAUACAGUUUGUGUUUGUUGUAUACACAUAUACAACAUAUUGAAUAAAAUAUUUAUAUAAAGGUGUACUGUAACGUCAGUAACAUACUUAAUGCAAUAUAGUGUGCAGUAUAUUAUUGCACCUGUCAUUUUUGAUGGGACAAAGAAAAACAGAGGGGGUUGGCUAGUUUAAGCAUGAAAAAAGGCCAAAGUAGAAUUUACAUUAAAUUUUCUUUGUGACUUCUUAUCGGUCCUCUUUUCAAGUGGUGACUGAGCUCUUGUGUCAAUGCAGCUCUCAUCCCCUGAUGCCACCUUUUGAAGUGACAUGGACAUCCAGCAUGCCACAACUGAACUAUGUAUGCCCUCUCUUUGUUUCCUCCACUUAGGAUUUAACCUUGUCACUAUAUGUGUGUCGAGUGAGAAAUGUCCAUCACGUACUCUUCGGUGUGUACCGUGUGUGGCUUUCAUGGCAGAUCGUGUGGUUUGAUUUCCCGGUGGAGAAGAAUAGGCACUAUUAAAAAUGAUUUAUUUUGAAAAAAAUAUAUAUACCAUUGCAAGUAUGCCCAUUGGAGUUAUGUCAUGUUAUAUCUAAAUUUGUAACCAUGUAUGAUUAAGGUCUUCGCAUUGUUUUCCAUGCAAAAUGUUGUGUCAUGCGGCACAUUUAAUGUUUUAUUAUUAAAAAGAAAUAAAAACCUCAAACAGUAAA